CCCGCUUCUCAGGCGUCCGGUCGAUAUGACACGCUUCCAAGAGGGCUUAUCCCCCAAGUUUUGAAAGAUAGAUGAAAGACGUUCAAUCCAUUUGCUUCCCAAUCCCAAGUCAACAAUCGGAGCUGUAUUUCCCGCUAUACAUUCCACUCUAUCUAUCAUGGCCUUGAACGCGUCUGUCCUCUCAAACAAAACCCUGCGAGAUUAUCGAAACACAAUCCACCAGCACAAUGACAAGUUCAUCCAAAACAUGCCCAAAGUCGAAAUGCAUGUUCAUAUCGAGGGCACGAUGACACCCGAACUCCGGUGGGAGCUCGCGCAACGGCGCGGAGAGUCAGUUCUCAAUAUCAAUACCCAGCAGCCUUGCGAGAGUUUGUCGGAGUUAAAGAGUACGUAUGAGCUCCUCAAUGACCUUGAUGCAGGUGGUGUAGAUGGUGAAAUGCAGCGAUUCUUUGAACUGUAUUACGGUGGUUUCAGUGUCCUUCAGGAUGAAGAGGAUUUUUAUCAUCUGGCAAUGAAUUACUUUAGGAAGGCUGCUUCCAUGAAUGUCCGUUAUUGUGAGCCGUUCUUUGAUCCGCAGGGUCAUACACGGAGAGGUGUUCCUCUUAAAACAAUGAUGGAUGGGUUUAAGAGGGCGCAGAGUGAGGCUGUUCGAGAUCUUGGGGUCCACUCUCAAUGGAUCAUGUGCAUGUUGCGAGACAUGUCCCCGGAAUCUGCUAUGGAGCAUUAUCUCCAGGCACUACCAUAUCGCGACAUGAUCGUCGGAAUCGGACUGGACUCUCUAGAGGUGGACCGUCCGCCAUUGCUCUUUGAAGACGUUUUUCUCCGCGCUCGCAAAGAUGGUUUCAAAAUUACCUGCCAUUGCGACGUCGGCGACAAGGAUACACUGAGGAAUAUUGGGCAAGUGGUUGACCAGCUGGGAGGAAGUGGAGCGGACAGGAUUGAUCAUGGGUUACAUGUCGCCGAUGAUUCUUUUCUUCUUCAGAGGGUCAAAGAAAAGGACCUUGGAAUGACGAUUUGUCCGUGGGGUUAUCUGUGCUACUCUGGAGAGGCUCAAAUUAUUGAUCGGGUUCGCACGUUGUUUAAUGCUGGCAUCAGAAUAGCCAUUGGCAGUGACGACCCAUCAUAUAUGGAGGAUAUUUGGCUGAACAACAGUCUUUACCUGCUUCGUGUACUGGGAAAUUUCACUGAUGCGGAGUUCGUCCAGCUACAACGGAAUGCCGUUGAUAUCUGUUGGGCCUCUGAUGAUAUUAAAGCAGCAAUCCUGAUGGAACUUGAGGAUUUUUGAAUGAAAGAAGAGACGGAACAUGGUAGCCAUGCGGUUUAACAAGCGUGUUUGUUAUAUUAGCCUGGCUAAAUAAUGAUGUCCUUUCCGUUUGCCCACACCGAAUGCUCGCACAAAAACUAUGGAUAAAAGCAGAAGCCCAGACAGACUCAUUGAUAAUGAAAUUGCACACGACGAAGUUAAUUGGCCGGCAGCCGGCAACUGUCGGAAAGCCC